CAGGCCGCGGGAGGGCGGAGCUGCGCCGCCCCGGCCCGCUCGCACGCACGGAAGUGCCUUGGAGUUUGCCCGAUUCCCCAGCCAGCUUUUCCUCCCCGCCUCGUUGGCUCCCUCCCUCCCUCCCCGCAGCCCUCACCUCCCCCCCGCGGUUAUUCCCUCCCUCCUCUGGACGCCACCUCCCGGAAUCGCCUCUUUUUUUUUUUUUUUCCUUCUUCCCUCUGUUUUGUUUUGGAGCUGGCUCCUGGCGGGCGGUGCACAGGGGCUGCAAGCGCCGGAGGAGGAGGACGAGCCGCCGGGGCGCAGCCCCCUAUCGCACCCCGCGCCACCUUCGGGCAGACUGCAGGACGGCAGACUGCAGGACGCACCGACAGGACAGACGUCCGGGCGCGCCAUCUGCUCGGCUGAGCGCCCUCCAAAACUCCUGCGCAGAGUGUGCGUGCACGGGGGGCUGGGGGUCCGUGUCCUCUCCCAAAGGACCUCGUUCCAGUGGAAAGUGACCACUUCUUGCCCUCUCGGAGCUGAUUUCUCGGAAUCAUCUGACUUCAGGGACCAGAAGGAAAAAGGACUCCUCCAGCCCCCACGCCCCAGGGCAAGGAGGGAAACUGUGGGCAUGCGCCCCACCCCUGCUCUUGGGUGUGUGCACAGAGACCCCAUAGGGCAGUUUCUGGGCCAUCAGACAUUGCUUUGAAGAGAGCACGGCUGGACAGCAUCUGGGGGUGCCGAGAGCCUGUCUGGGUCUUUGUGUUGCUUGUCCCCUGUUUGCUUUGGACAGUUCAUCUCCCCCCACCCCCAGCCAUGGCUCUGAAAGGGCGUGCCCUGUAUGACUUCCACAGUGAGAACAAGGAGGAGAUCAGCAUCCAGCAGGACGAGGACCUAGUCAUCUUCAGCGAGACCUCGCUGGACGGCUGGCUGCAAGGCCAGAACAGCCGCGGGGAGACCGGGCUCUUCCCGGCUUCCUAUGUGGAGAUCAUCCGCUCUGGCCUGGGCUGUGGCUCCAGCCCCUCCGACUAUUUCAGCAGUUCCUCCGAGGUUCCUCUGGGCACCCAGGUGAGCACCUAUGAGGACCCUGGCCCUGGUGCAGGGGGCAGUGGCUUCCUCUCAUACCAGGGCAGCUUGGAGGAGGAUGAUGAUGAUGAUUGGGACGACUGGGAAGACGGAUGCACUGUGGUGGAUGAGCCCAGGGCUGGCGGGCUGGGGCUGAGCACCAACGGGCACCCCCCGUUGAACCUGUCCUACCCGGGCGCUUACCCCAGCCAGCAUGUGGCCUUCCGGCCCAAGCCGCCCCUGGAGCGGCAGGACAGCCUGGCGUUGGCCAAGCGGGGCAGUGUGGUGGGACGCAACCUGAACCGCUUCUCCUGCUUCGUGCGCUCAGGAGUGGAAGCCUUCAUCCUGGGAGAUGUGCCCAUGAUGGCCAAGAUCGCCGAGACCUACUCCAUUGAGAUGGGCCCCCAGGGCCCCCAGUGGAAGGCCAACCCUCACCCGUUUGCCUGCUCGGUGGAGGACCCCACCCGGCAGACCAAGUUCAAGGGCAUCAAGAGCUACAUCUCCUACAAGCUCACCCCCACCCAUGCUGGCUCCCCUGUCUACCGACGCUACAAACACUUCGACUGGCUCUACAACCGCCUGUUGCACAAAUUCACGGUCAUCUCGGUGCCCCAUCUGCCCGAGAAGCAGGCCACUGGGCGCUUUGAGGAGGACUUCAUUGAGAAGCGGAAGCGAAGGCUCAUCCUCUGGAUGGACCACAUGACCAGCCACCCGGUGCUGUCGCAGUAUGAGGGCUUCCAGCACUUUCUCAGUUGCCUGGAUGACAAACAAUGGAAGAUGGGCAAGCGGCGGGCAGAGAAGGAUGAGAUGGUGGGUGCCAGCUUCCUGCUCACCUUCCAGAUCCCCACGGAACACCAGGAUCUGCAGGAUGUGGAGGACCGCGUAGAUGCCUUCAAGGCCUUCAGUAAGAAGAUGGAUGACAGUGUCUUGCAGCUCAGCACCGUAGCAGCCGAGCUGGUGCGCAAGCAUGCGGGGGGUUUUCGCAAGGAGUUCCAGAAGCUGGGCAGCGCCUUCCAGGCUGUCAGCCAUGCCUUCCAGCUGGACCCCCCCUUCAGCAAUGAGGCCCUUAACAGUGCCAUCUCGCACACGGGCCGCACCUAUGAGGCUGUGGGCGAGAUGUUCGCAGAGCAGCCCAAGAAUGACCUCUUUCAGAUGCUGGACACCUUGUCGCUCUACCAGGGCCUGCUCUCCAACUUCCCUGACAUCAUCCACCUCCAGAAAGGUGCCUUUGCCAAGGUGAAGGAGAGCCAGCGUAUGAGCGAUGAGGGCCGCAUGGCGCAGGACGAGGCGGAUGGCAUCCGCCGGCGCUGCCGCGUGGUGGGCUUUGCUCUGCAGGCCGAGAUGAACCACUUCCACCAGCGCCGCGAGCUCGACUUCAAGCACAUGAUGCAGAGCUACCUGCGCCAGCAGAUCCUCUUCUUCCAGCGGGUGAGCCAGCAGCUGGAGAAGACGCUGCGCAUGUACGACAGCCUCUGACCCAGUGGGCGCCCAAUACUCUGCCGCCUCCCAGCUCCAGUAGUGGCUCAGGAGGUCCCUGGUCCCUCCACUUGGGGGUCAUUCCCCCCAGCCCUUGGGUCAGUCCCUUGCAGCCAGGCCAGAGACUUGGCUGCCCCAAGAGCCCAGAGCACUCUCUGCUGGCCUCCAUCCCCUUGCUUGCUCAGCAGACACCGUGCUGCAGAGGCCUGCUCUGGGGACAACCCCAGCCCAGGUGGGUCCGUGCACCUGCAGAUACAGGCGAGUCAAGGUCUGUGAAUGCUUUCAGAAAGGACCAUUUAUACUGAUGGUCAGGGGAGACUCCACAGACUAGGUGGUAUUUGCACAGUCUUGAAGGAUGACAGGGACCUGCCAACCAGUGAAUCGAGACAGUUGAUGGGAAGGACAUUCCAAAGAGAGGAGGGCGAGAGGGGCAAAGGCACAGAAGCCUGUAGACACCCCUCUCUUCUCUGUUACCUUCCCUCAGCAUGCUAGGUGUCCUCCAGUCUGGCCUUUGUGACAGGAGAGGGAGGAGGCUCCUGUGGCCAUGCCUCACCCCAUCUGCCAUAGGAGGGGCUGCAGGCCAGUCCCUUCUGCCUACCCCACCUGCUAAGCCUUCACUGCCUGUGGAGUAGGGGACCACACAGCAUCUUUUCUCUGAGCUCAAGGCACCACAGGCCCCAGGACCCUGGUGGAACCUUCUUGUAGGGAGCAACCCAAAGUUGGCAGAUACUGAGUUCACCAGCAGUCUUGCCCACUCUCACAGCAGGCUUGGACUCCAGACCCCAGGGCCUCUGGCCACCACCUGCCUCACUGUGAUGCCAUCACUGGCUCCCAGCCAAGUUUACACACCAGAGGGAGGGGGCUACUCCCCCCAGUUACCCUCAGGCCAGGGUGAGCUCCAGCAGCAGGUUUGGGGGACAGGCAGGUACUACUGCUGCCCCCCCAGGAGAAUCCCAGGAGGUUCUGGUUGCCCCUGGCCGCUGUUGCUGCUUGAAUCCAUUCUUUCUUGUUUUCUUGAUAAACCUUUUACAAUUAAGAUAACAUAA